AUGUCUAUCCCGCGUGGUUUCGAAGUCCUCAAGCCGUACUUUCUCCAGGCGUUGGAGAAAAAGUAUGUUCCGUCUUUGGCAGAGUUUAUUCGUUUGAAUGUUGAUUUUGUCGCUGGGUCACCUCCAGCAACCACCGACGUUACAGGAUUGACUGGCAUAUGGACGAAGCGUUUUGCCACCGCUGCGAGUCUGUUAGGCAUUGAAAACGGAAGUGUCGUCCCUUGCCCAAGUAAUGGUGGUGGAAGCUUCGGUUCAGUUUUCGCUCUGACCACGAUUGUCAAAGACAAGCCUGAUUGGUCUCCUGUCGUUGAGCGGAGAUUAAUGGUAGGCUUCAAAAGUUCUUUUGAUCUUUUUGCUCUUGUUAUUAAAAUCGGCAUAUUACAGAACGAGAUCGCGAGCAAUCGUCGCAAGAAAACACUUAUCAUGUAUACAAAUGAGACGAACUAUGUCGGAGAUCGACUGUUAGAGGAUCAACUCAAAGAAACAGGCAAGAAUGAGAUUACGUCCAAUGUAGAAAGCAUUGAUGAAGGCAUAUUGUCUCCUUGUGAAGUUGUCCUGAAAGUGCACAAGCAAAUAUGGACUAAAAGGAGCGAGCCAGAAAUUGAUGAUGGAACUGAUACUAGUAAAGUGUGUGAGCUCGCCAGUGAACAGUCCUCUAUGAAAGUGUUUACUAAGGGUCGGGAAAUGUCAAAUGUUUUUCUUAACAAGAAUGACUUGCCAUGCAAGAGAGAAGAUGGGGAAGACACUGAGAUCAAUGAAGAUGAUGUAGACCUUACUGAACUGCACCAGCCACAUAUAACAAGAAGUAGUUCUGGAAAGGCAAUGACUCUAGAUGAAUGGGCUGCAGUACGACUAUUGGUAGAGAAGUACAACACUAAAAUACCAAAAACACAGUGUCUAUACAAUCCAUUGUUUUAUUCCAUCAUUGAUCAUUCAGGUCAGCAUGGGCCUACCACAAAAUUGCUUGAACAAUAUUUGCCAUCUAUGCAAAGGUCACUUCCAGAUGUGAACUUCACUAUCCCUAAGCUCUCCGAUGAGUUAAAUGAAUUCUUUGACAAGUUGCUUGAGGAAAAAGACUUGCAGGAUGUCCAUGCUUCAACACCUGAACAGCAAACAGUCAAGACAUUGUUUGAUAGAAUCUAUGACUCGAUCAAUGGCCCUGAUAGAGAUGACUUGUCAGAGUAUGAGCACAUUAUGCGCAAUUUAGCACCAUUUGUAGAUGCAUUAAUCAGAAAAGCACCAAACUACCGUGCAUGCUACUUUGAAAAUACAACAGCUGCACACUGUAACAAGGGUGGAGAUCCUACUGAUCAAACAUGGAUAGGAUUAAAAGUUGAUGUUCUUGUCAAGUUUCUUGGACUAUACUGGAGACCUGACAUUGGAUGCAUUGAGGUGUCAGGUGGUCUUCCUAGGUGUAAUCUUGCCAAAGAAUGGAUUGAUACACUCAAGCUAGGAAGGGAGAUGUGUGACAUAUGGCUUCUUGCCCAGGAUCAGCUCAAGGGCAUUGAUGCCAGUUCAUUAGUUGUGUGGGGAUCCACAGUUGUUGCACAUACCAUUCGUAUCUAUGCACUUGCUGCUGUUGGUGGCUUCUUUCAUCUCAUUCUUGCUUAUGAGACACCAAUACCAUCAUCAAUUUGGGAUAUGUGUUAUAUCAAGAUUGCAUAUUGUACAAUGUUAGGCUUUGUACAAAAACUGGAUACUACCAAACUGAAAUUAAUUGAGCUGACCAAGGAAAGAGCAAAGUUGUUGUACUCAUACUCAGGGGUUAAACGGAAGGAUUCACCUGUCUCACUUGCUACUCCAUUACAGAAGAGAAGUAAAACUGAAACCAAAUAA